UCAAAAUGUUUUACAGAUCAAACCACUGGAUACAUUAAUAUCUGCAGUAAAUCCAGAGAAGUAAAUAUGCAAGAUUCAUCAAAGUUCAGUGAUGAGUCAACAGAUCAAAACAUUAAUUACGAAUCAGAUGAUGACAAUGAAACAACACCAUUAAACCCAAAGAAAACUGAAAGGCAAAUUGCUGUGGUAUAUCCAUAUGAUGAAGCAAAGAGCAUUGGUCGCAAAGAGGUUGGACACAUAGAUGACAGAUUACAACAAAUAACAAAGGAAAGUCUUCAGGUAACUGGAGACUAUGAGAAUACAGAGGCACGGGGAUCAGAAAUCAAAAUCAAAGAAAACCAGUUAUGUCACAGAUCAGGGGACCAAUCAUUAUCUUCCAUGGAUCUAGAUAAGGGUACUUCCGAAUUGCAAAUAAACUGGAUAAAGGUUUUCGUACAAUUAUCAAGAUCGUUUCCUGCAUCAAAGUGGAAAUUAUUUGCAAUUGAUUUACUCAGCAAUUGCCAGCAGAUGGCGAAAAGCGUUCAUGAUACAGUUGAUGAAAUUGAGCUAGAAGCAAAGAAUCAGCAUACAGAAAGUUGUUUUAUUCACGCGUACAUAAAAGUAUUCAAUAAAUGGCUUGACAAUUUGGGCAGGACAAAUGCAACGUUUGAACAUAUAAAAGAUGCUGUUUCUGCGACAAUAGAGGCAAAGGAAGCUUUAGAACUAGUUCUUUCUAUCGAAAGGAAACCCCCAUUGAAAGUGACAACGCCAAUGCCUUUAGUCCCGUACAACUUAAACCAAACAUUUGGGAACAACUCCACACAUUCUCAACAGUAUAUGGCAUUACAUGAUGAUGAAGUACCGGGGAAUUCUAAUUACGCGAGAGAUGUAUAUGUCAGAUCAAGACAACAAACACAUAGGUUACAAGUGGCCCAUUGCUCCUACUGUUCUAGGUAUACUACAAACGAAGUAUCAAAUCUUCAGGAAACAUCAGUUCAGUUAAACAAAACCAGUGUUGAAACUAAUUGCAAUAAUAAUGAUAAAAAUACUGUCAAACGAGAACGAAAUAAAAAGCGAAAGAAAGAUCAAUCAAAAUCAAAACCACAGCAACAUAAACGAAGUACAACUGAACAGUAUAUGAUUGACAAUGCAAAAGAAAAUUUGCUUUUAGAUUCUAUACCAAUUCGUCAAAAUGACUAUAAAAUGUUUAUGAAUUUUGUUCUCGACCUUGUUUCGAACGAAUGUAAUGUUGGCAAAGAAACGGUAUUAUCAAUUACACACGAAGAAUUCUGUGAAGCUCAAGAAAUCAAUACAAAGGAGAAUGACACAUUUUUUCUUGUGAAGACUGGAAAAACAAAUCUUUUUAUUGGAAAAGAAGUAUACGAGGAUUUAGCUGUUUACGGAAAUAUCGCACGACCAAAACUCUUGACAUAUCUGAAGGCCAAAAAUAUUGACUAUGAUAGUACCGCUUCAGAAAGGUUUUUAUUCAUAACAUUCAAUGGGAAGCCACUCAUGGAAAAUAAAGACGAUAAAAAUGUGAGCAAUAUUGAUGCAAAAGAAAAGGCUACCGAGCAGAAUAUCCAAGUUAAUCGUAAAAAUGAUCCUUUUGUUAGAGUAUGCCCCGACAUGAAAGAAUCUGAAGAACACGUGAACAUAACAACCACUCCUAAACAAAACCCUUCCGAUCAUCUGUGUGAUUCUGAGCAGAGCAUAAAUGGAAUCGGGAAAAACAACACAAGUAUUGAAGAUGAAUUUUAUCCGGGAGCAGCAAUUACUGAACAUGAUAAAAAAGAACUAGACAACAAAGCAGGGAGCGGACAAGACACAAUAAGAAUAAAGGAAAAAGAGAACAAAAAAGAGGAAACCAAUUAUUUUGACUUGGAUAUAGAAAAGGAAUUAGAAAAAAUAAAAGAAUCGUUCUUUCCGACAGGUGAUGAAUCAUAUGCUCUACCUGACGCAGACAAUGUAGCUGAAGUGUUAAGCAAAUUUGUGGAUAAAGACUUGUAUAAUUCUCCUUAAGAUAAGCUAAGGAUAGCAUAUGGCUUUCUCGGAUUGACUGUAAAGUUAAUUAUGCUUCGUUUUAUCAAUAGGAUUACCGUUUUUUUUUUCAAAGGCGGUUGUACUGGUUACAUGAAACUGUUUAUGUCUGUUUACAAAAACUUACAUUUUGAAAAUUCUUUUUUCAAAUCCAACUGAUCAUGUUCAUUUUCGUAUUAAAUAAGGUUAAUGAUUAUAAACUGUAUAGUGUAAUAACAGAUUAGAAUUAAAAACAGAAAGAGAAAAUGUAAUUCAAUUCGUUAUUAGAAUAUUUUCUUUAAUCGACAAAAUUGCUUUACGAGUGUAAGUUCGAUAACUUAACAUAAACAAAAUAUACAUGUGUAUGAAUCCAUUAACAGAACAAUAUUAAACAUUUCAUAUAAAAAGGUAGCAUUUCGGAAAUUUUGUUCUUGAAAAAAGAAACCGUGACACAAUAAAAAUAAUAGAUGCUUUUGUUUAAGUUUCCACAUAUGGACGUUAACCUUGUUGCUUACAUCGUUUUAUUUAAACACCAUCCUAUCUGUAUUUUAUUUUAUUGCUACAUUAGCGGUGUUAAUGCCUUAGAAGACUGUAAAUUUUGCCCUGUAUAUUCAAUCACACAUGUUUUAUUCCUUAAGAUCGAUCAAAACGAAUUUACUCUUGAGUUUGCAAUCAUUUUAGUUCCUUCACUUUGUUCGCUUACUUGAAGCGUGGCUUAAGUGUCAAUUUUUUUUAAAUACUGUUUAAUCUCCCUUAUGAUAUUUUGCUUAAUUAUUUUUUCUAUUGACGGCUUUUACGUGACAUUAUUUCUUCGUUAUAUCUCCCUCCUUUCAAAAUUCUAUUUUAUUUUCAAUAGGUUAACCAAUUGUUUUCUGGAAUGCGCAAACAUUUUUGUUAAUUUUCUCUACUUGGGGGUCAAACGCGUGUUUGAUUCAAGGUUCCAUAAAAACUGCCUUAUGACCACAUCUGCGGAUGUUGUUUUGUACCAAAAUUUCAUCAUGUUCAUGUUUAAAUAUUGAAUUUUGCUUAAGCCGGUGAUAGGGAGCGUUGACGGUGUCUACCAUUCAACACUUCGUCAAGGAACAGACACGGCUACAUUUAUUUUGCCGUAAUGUUUUUCGUAAUUUAAAAACGUGUGUACUUUUAUUAGUUUUUUUUCUUCGUCAUUAAAGAUCCUGUCACACAUUUUUUCAUGGUUUUAUUUCAUAAAUAUGAUGCUCAAAUUGAGAUUUGUUUAUAUUGUAAGUUCCAAUAAGCAUUAUUUAUAAAGAUAUUACCGAAUUUAACAUUUCAUGUAAAUAAAGGGAGGUAAUUAGAAAUUUAUUUUCUAUAAAUUUUAAGUAAAAUUUUCCAAUAAGAAAUGAAUGCAUAUAAUUUAUUGAUUAAUUAUAAUGGGCACAAAUAUUUGCAGUACACAUUUGACAUAUUCUUUGAUGUUUGAAAAUUGUUUUAUUUGCAUAAUUAUAUACAUAUACAAUGUAUAAUUUUUUGCAAGUGUGGUAUAAACACAGUAACAAUAUCAAUUACAAAACAUACAGGAUCUUUAAGCAAUUCUAACCAAGGCAUGAUCUAGUCUGGUUCCCUGCCUACAUUUACUACGGAAAGUAGCUAUAACGUAGUAUAAGGGGAAUGAACUCCAGACUAGGCAUGAUGUUCUUCUUGCUAUUGAUAAUUUCCCCUAUUCAAUUGACUUGUGUAGUCCUGUCGAAACUCAUAUUAAUUAAACACAUUCUGCGCCAAAAUAAAUGAAGGGGAACAAAUACAUGAACAAUGAACGAAGGUCCAUAGGAGGGAUCAGUUCAAUACACGCGCAAUGGUAGAAAAUCCCUACAUCGAAAAUACAGAACACAUUCUGCUUUUGUAAACAUGCAAAUUCAAAAUGACAUUGUAUUC